GCCGUUCUCGAGUCAGCAAUCGCUCAUAGGAUCCAGCUCAACUCUAUCUGUGCAAAUCGACCGUUCAUGCCCGCGCCCGUCAGUUUUCACAGUAGCGCUGCUCAUUUCCUUUCAAUAUAAAGUCACAACACGAAAGGCUAGGAUGCUCGUCCCAAAUAUAUGAUCGACUCCGAUUGCCUUUGGAGGACUGCUUUGUCUCCGCUCCCUCCGGCUAUCUGUUACAGACUGAACGUAAGAAACAAUAUGCACAUAGAGUAGCCAUGGCACGACCCAGCGAAGACAGCGAGGUUAUAGGACACUAUUUGGUCCCGGCCAACGGGCGCCCGGCGCAGCCUCUUCUGCACGAGAGCUCUUCCCUCUUUGUGAAUGUGGUAUCGGAUAAGCUGUCGGCUGUGGAGAGCGUCGUUGAGGCGGACACGAGCAAGCUUCAGACAUUCUACCUAAUUCUGCACUGGGCCUCGUCGCCGGAUGGCCAGGGCGUCACCGGGAGCACCCAGGAGGCGUGUGCAGGAAGCCUGGAUGCAGCCGCGGCUGCUGGUCGGGCGUCUGUGACGGUCAAGCAACGGACGCUGCUCAUGGUUGCGGCCCACUCGGGCUCGCUGCGGGUGCUCGCGUACCUGCUGGCUCGUGGAGCGGAGCCCAGCCGGAAAAGUCCAGACGGAAUGACCGCAUACGACAUGGCGCUGGCUGGCGAGACGCCGCAGGCGCCGACGGCCAUCGCGAUGAUGCGUGACGCGGACUCGCACCCGUCUUCCAGCACGCGCAGCAGUUCCACCACGGACGCGAACAGCUUCAACGGCACGGAGGGGGCGCGCAUGGGCAACGGGCGCCAGGACGAGUCGGAGGGAUCCAUAUACAACACGUCGGACCUGACGCGGCCGGAGUACAGCACGGACGAGUUCCGCAUGUUCAACUUCAAGGUGCUGCGCUGCUCCAAGCGCCACGCACACGACUGGCGCGCGUGCCCGUUCGCGCACCCCACCGAGAACGCCAGGCGGAGGGACCCGCGCGAGUUCAAGUACUGCGCGCUGGCCUGCCCCGACUACAAGCAGGGCUUCUGCAUCCGCGGCGACGUGUGCCCCUACUCCCACGGCGUGUUCGAGUGCUGGCUGCACCCCUCCCGCUACCGCACGCAGCUGUGCAAGGACGGCUCCAACUGCCACCGCCCCGUGUGCUUCUUCGCACACUCGCUGCCGGAGCUCCGCGCGCCCACCUACACCUGGGUGCCCUCGUCGGCGGACCUGGCCGCGCGCCCCUACAGCGCCACCAGCCCCACCAACAGCGGCCCCGGUGGCGUCAACAGUGGCGCCGGCGGCGGUGUCGGUGGCGGAACACUGCCUCCGGCUGCUGCGGCCAUGGCGGCGAUGGCCUUGGGCGCCGUGUCGCCUGACGCGGCGGCGAGCAUGCACCAGCAGCACCAACAACACCAGCUGCAGAAGCAGCAGUCGGGCCAGGGGAUGGAGUCGUCAGCGGUGGCGGCGGAAGCGCGGGCGCUGCUGUCGCACACGCUGUCGGGCAUUCCGGUGGCGGCUAGCAACACGUCCGAGGGCGCCAUGUCGGGGCCAGGCAACAUCUCCCCGCGCGGGCAGCAGCAGGUGAUGAUGUUGAUGAGCGGCGGCGGCGCCAACGGCAGCAGCGCCAGCAGCAGCGCCAUGGUGCUGGGCACGCAUGGCGGCGGCACCACCACCACCGGCAGCAGCAGCAGUAGCAGCGGUGCCAACGGCGCGCAGUCGCCCUCGUCCGGCGGCUCCAUGGCUGAGGGCUGCAACGGCACCUCGGGCGCCCUCGCUGCUGCGGCGGCGGCCGUGGCCGAGCGCAACGGAAAGGACGGAGGCAAGGGUGGCCACUCGGGCGGCAACAACAACAACGGCAACCAGGCCAGCGGCGGCAAGCCCACCAACCUGACCCAGCCCAACGCCGCCGCCUCCAUGCUGGGCUUUACCGCCCCGCGCAUGAGCAACGCCUUUGCCCGUCGGCACGGCCUGAACCCCAAGGACAACCCCAUGAUCAACCUGCAGAAGAUCGCCCUGCAGACGCAGCAGCAGCAACAGGUGCAGCAACAGCAGGCGCAGGUGCAGGCGGUGGCGGUGGCGGCCGCCGCUGCGGCGGCGCAGCAGCAGCAGGUGGUGCAGCAGCAGGCGCAGGUGCAGGCACAGGUUGCGGCGCAGAUGCAGGGACAGAUGGCCGCUGGCCUGCCCGUCGGCGUGGGUGGCGCUGGCAUCCUCGCCGCGGGCGUGGGCGGCCGCGCCGCCACCACCGCCGGCCAGAGGCUAAAUGCCGCCGCGGCUGCGGCCGCUGCUGCAGCUGCCGCGGCUGCCGCAACCGGCCAGGUGGGCUUGGGCGGCAUGCCAUUUGCGGCGCAGCAGGCGGCGGCGGCGGGCGCCGCGUACGGCAUGAACUCGCUGUACUCGCCGAUGCAGGUGUCGCAGAUGCAGGCGGCCGCGGUGGCCGGGCUCAACUCGGCGCCCGGUGCCGACGCGUCGCUGCUGGCUGCGCAGCUAGCCGCCCUGAACCUGCAGCAGCAACAACAUGUGCAGCAGCCGCACGUGCAGCACGCGCGCCAGAUGCUGCAACAGCAGCACCAGCAGGCGCAGAUGCACACGCAGUCGGGCCCGGCCGGCCUGUCGCAGCCGGGCGCACAGCUCGGCGGGCUGGGCGCAAUCAGUGCCAUUGGGGGCAUGGGCAUGGCAGCUGCGGCGGCGGCGGCGGCCGCGGCCGGCAUGGGCCACGGCAGCGUGCAGUACCUGAGCUCGGGGGCGCCGCACCCCUCGCUGAUUCACCACCAGGGCAUGGUGUACGGCGGCAGUCCGCACGCCGUACACAUGUACGACCAGCAGCAAUACCUGGGCGCCCAGACCGAGGUGUAACUCGUACAUAUGUACGAGCAUACAUGCGCCCGGUACUGGAGGUGCGGGCGGCUGGCGGAUCGGCCUCUCGCGAGCCUUGUUACGGGCGUGACUGCCGGCUGGUGUCUGGGGCCGAGAGGAAAGGGCGCAUGGAGUGCCGUGCAGGUGGGCUGCAGCGCUGCGCCGGCAUUGCGGCGCACUGCAGCGCUAGGCACGGCGGCGUAACGACAGCAACUGCAUUGCCUGAGACCUGGGGUUUUGUUCGCAGCCACGGUUUUUGGUUUCUCACACUGCCUCUGGCGGCGUGCGCUAGUUACUGCAGCCGUUGGCUUCGUUUGCUGCAGCUGCUGAAGAUAUUCUACACGCGCAGCACCGCUGUCCACCGAGGUGUGUGGGCAAGUCUAAUCUGCUGUUUAAUGUCGGGCUCGUUGUUCGGAAAGGAAGAUCAACUAUACAUCCGCUUGGUGGGGAUGACGACUGCUGUUUCGGGGUAUUCGUCAUGUCUCGGUCAUGCCUCUGGUUUGUUUGUAUGUCAGGAGGCUGCUAGUUUUGUCGUGGCACACUAAAGAAGUGAUGAUGGUGAUGCAGUGCUGUAGCGAUGAUGGCGUGUUUGGUUGGUCUCCCGGCCGGUGGUGCUAACUGCUGGACGGGCGUCGGUGCGUGCUGAUUGUUGCGCCGAUGCCGAUCGGAGAGAUUAUUGGACUAUUGGCACAAAACAAUACAGAAGCUGUGGUAGGUGCCAUCACACGCAAAGGCGAUGGUUGGAUUGUGGUGCGCCAGGAAGCAUGCCGGCAUGCGCUGUGUGCGGUAGGGUAGGGUGCACGGUGUCUCAAUCCGUUGAAGUGGCAGCAGGGUGACGUGCCCCAUGCGCGAGUGCGUGUGUGUAGGCCAUGCUGAGCAUUCUACGCGCUCUGGUAUAGUCCUGGGUGUAUGUGUCGGGCCGAACAGUACGGCCCCUGGAUACUGGGGGUGUGGUGUGUUCGUGGUGCGGCCGGUGGCAUGCACGUCCGGUGUCCCGGUAUGCUUACACAAUGUGUGUCCUGUGAGCUGCGCCAAGCGCGCAAACAUGCACCUGCGGUAGUAGCAUGCAGUUCGUUGCGUGUGUGUGUUUUUGUGCAGUCUCCCUAUCGCGCAUGCCUUUAAUGAUUGGAGUUGGGCCGCAGCUCCAAGGUCGAGCAUUGCGGAGGACUCGAGGCGAGGCAGCGGCGCAAGCUGUCUGCAGAAGCUGAUUGUGCGCGAGUUUGGUGCGUGUGCGCGGCGUAGUCGUGUUCUUUCGUGUCCUAUCAAGGCUCCAAGUAUCCCUAUCGUGUUUUUAUCAUCACAGAUGGUACCUAGCUCUGGCCUUUAAUGGCCGGGUGUGGUCUGUCUGUGACUUAUUUCAAGGCGGGAGUUGCUGCAAAUGGGUUGCGCAACGUGGACACGCGUGAGCAAGCUACAAGACGGUAUUUUGGGAGAUGGGAAGGUGGUGCUGGGCCCAAGGCCGGCGUCUUGGCUAAGUACAGACUAUUAGCAGUUGGCCUGAGGUAGGAUGUGGGCAAGACAGACGGAAUGGAUUCAAUCAAUGUCGCGUACCCGGUCGGAAGCUGAGGCUGCUGGUGCAGGAUCCCGCACGCACAUGGCGGCGGGAUGCAUCUGCGGGCGGAAGUUUCCUGAGCCGCCGAACAGGGGCGUACGCAAAUGAUGCUGGUGGAUUGUCCGUACUUGUAUGAGGGCGUGAUGGUGGGCAGGGGCCAGGAUUAAAGGGCUGCACCUAUCACGUCCAGUGUUACAUGGGAGAAAGUGUACUGAUACUUCUUCGCCCACAUGUGCCUCUGGGCGGUGUGAGUGCUGGCUAUUGGGCACCACGCCCGGAUUGGUGUGGGGCAUGGCGGCACGUCAAGGCGGUGGGCAGGUGUUACUGGCUGGACUGGUGUGGACCCGCGCAUUGGCGCCUAUCCCAGGCCUGCCGUGUUCCGAGGCGUAGCCUCCCUUGUGAGAGCUAGGGCGGUGGCCCAACGGUUGGAACAAUGGUCGGUUGACAGGCUGACACUACAGUGGAAGACACACUUUGCCUCAUUUAGCUUGCUGAUACGGUAUUAUCUGUACUGACUGAAUGGAGUAGACAUUCUGAGCGGGAGUGUGCGGAGUUUGGAUUUACACUAUGCACAUGGCGGCGAUGCGGCAACCAUAACCACGGCUUUGCCAGCCGGCCGGCCGGGCACCUACCCAACACUUCCGCAUGCACGCAUGCGAGCACGAGGCGCCCCAUUGGCGCAGGGUUGCUCGCGUGUGGUGACACUGUACGUGCGUGCGGGAGUGGGGAUGCUCGGGUUUGCUGAGAGAGUUCAGGCCCUACAGUGCAGGCGGUGGCAGCUGGUCGAUUGGAUCGGGCAAUCCUUUUGUUCCGCAGCCCCGGGAUACGUUUGCUUCCCGGACGUGCCGUCUGCAUGCAUGGUAAGGAUAUGCCUGGGGUAUGCAGGCUCCUCAAUCACUUGCGAGUAGUUUUGUCCGUUGAACGCCUUGGCAGACGGUGGGAAAGGAGCGGGCGCGUGAAGCUGGGCCAAGGAAUUGGGCCAAAACACUCGUGUUGUGUUCCUUGGAUUGCCUGAACGUCGUGGUUGUGUGCGGUGCAACACGUGUGUAGAGGCCGGCAGGUGGGUUAAUUAGGUUUACAUUUGCGCAUGGACGGUGGCCGUUCCGUGCGGAUGGGGCGCGGCGCCUGGAUGAGGGGGGGCAUGUGCCCGAGCCCGACGAGAAGGUCCCAUCAUGACCAGAAAGCGGGGUGGCCUGCGGACAAUGGUUAACUCCGAGACCGGGAGCAGAUGGAAAGGCCGCGGACAUGUACGAGGAGAUGCAGCGCUGGAUGGCACGCUGGAUCAUAAAUGAGUUGCCCGUUUGAUCCAUUUCUAUUCAAAUGGAGUGAGAGGGAGUUGCGAAGAAGCACGGCUCGGGCUCAAUUACGUGUAAACGGAUGUGGGG